AUGAACAGUGUUAACAAUCCAGUUGGUACAAAUACCAGCAAUAAUAGUACUACGCAAACUACUCCUAAUACGGAUGCUUCAAAGCCCGCUGAUGCCUCGAAGCCCGCUUUUAGUUUCGGAGCAAAGCCUGCUGAUCCCGCGAAACCUGCCGAUGCUGCGAAGCCUGCUUUUAGUUUUGGAACGAAGCCUGGAGAUGCUUCAAAGCCUGCUGACGCUUCAAAGCCUGGAGAUACAGCGAAGCCUGCUUUUGGUUUUGGAGGUAUAAGUGAUGCUUCAAAGCCUGCUGAUGCUACGAAACCUGCCGACGCUGCCAAACCUGCUUUUAGUUUCGGAGCGAAGCCUCCUGCUGAUGCUACAAAGCCCGCUUUUAGUUUCGGAGCAAAGCCUGCUGAUCCCGCGAAACCUACCGAUGCUGCAAAGCCUGCUGACGCUCCAAAGCCUGCUUUUAGUUUCGGAGGUGCGGCUGACGCUUCAAAGCCUGCUGAUGGUGCCAAGCCCGCUUUUAGUUUUGGAGGUGCGGCUGAUGCUUCAAAACCAGGCGAUGCUGCCAAACCUGCCUUUAGUUUCGGAGCAAAGCCUGCCGACACUGCCAAACCUGGAGAUGCCUCGAAGCCCGCUUUCAGUUUCGGAGCGAAGCCUGCUGAUGCUUCAAAGCCUGCUGACGCCCCUAAGUCCACAUUUAGUUUCGGAGCGAAGCCUGCUGAUGCUUCAAAGCCUGCUGAUGCCUCAAAGCCUGCUUUUAGUUUUGGAGGUGCGACUGAUGCUUCAAAGCCUGCUGAUGGUGCCAAGCCCGCUUUCAGUUUCGGAGCGAAGCCUGGAGAUGCUACAAAACCAGGCGAUGCUGCCAAACCUGCCUUUAGUUUUGGAGCAAAGCCUGGAGAUGCUGCAAAAUCAGGCGAUGCCUCGAAGCCCGCUUUUAGUUUCGGAGGUGCGACUGAUGCUUCAAAGCCUGCUGACGCCCCUAAGUCCACAUUUAGUUUUGGAGGUGCGGCUGACGCUUCAAAGCCUGCUGAUGGUGCCAAGCCUGCUUUUAGUUUCGGAGCGAAGCCUGCCGACACUGCCAAACCUGGAGAUGCCUCGAAGCCCGCUUUCAGUUUUGGAGCAAAGCCUGCUGAUGCUGCCAAACCUGCUGAUGCUGCGAAGCCCGCUUUCAGUUUCGGAGCGAAGCCUGCUGAUGCUGCGAAGCCUGCUGAUGCCCCUAAGUCCACAUUUAGUUUCGGAGGUGCGGCUGACGCUUCAAAGCCUGCUGAUGCCUCGAAGCCUGCCGAUGCCUCAAAGCCUGCUUUUAGUUUCGGAGGUGCGGGUGAUGCUGCCAAACCUGGAGAUGCCUCGAAGCCCGCUUUUAGUUUCGGAGCGAAGCCUGCGGAUGCUGCGAAGCCAGGAGAAGCUCCAAAGUCUGAAGAAACGCCCAAAUCUGUUUCCCCUACUCCUGAUUUCAGUUCCGAUGGUACAUUUGGAUGCAAUAGAUAUUAUUAG